AUGAGGAACCUCCCAACAAUCGAUCCCUCUGAGCACAGAUCCAUCCGUUCAUCAGAGGUGAGUUCAUUUAUGAGAGUACUCCUGCACACGUCCGGACACCCAGGAGUCCUGACUUCUUGGCUCGGUUGCACCUCGAGCUGUCGGGAGGACAGAGGGGGCAGAUGAGAUCUCUAUCACCAUCUCCUCCUUCUCAUCAUCAUCAUCAACACACACCCUUCACCCCCAACCCCUCCUUCUUCCCCCAUCUGAGGUGUCUGGUGACUCCAGCCCGUUAUCUUGCCCCUCCCUUCACCGUGGAGGAGAGGAAGAGAGAGAGAGAAAAAGGCUGCAGCCCACUACCACCAUGUCCCCAGAGGCCUCCUGCCUGCCUGCCUGCCCGCCCGCCUCUCCUGCUGCUCAGUACAGCUGUGGCUCAGCACCAGACCUUGACACCAGCUGGGAUCUCCACCCUGCCAGAGGAUCCACAAGAAGAGCCUCUCUUCACUGGGUGA